GCUCCUCAGGAAACAAGUAGAGCGUCGCUAAGUCCCCAGAUAGUAAGAAGUGGCAGCGGUGCUGUCCUGCUACGACGGAUCCCCACCCCCACUCCACCAAGUAGACCCGCCUUCCAGCCGAGGGCCGCUCCUCUUCCGCGUCUGCGCAGGACCCCACCGCAGUGCGUGAGGCCACACCCCUUGCGUUUGGACCACGCCCCUGAGGCUCCGCCCCUGCUGCCCGGAUCCCACCCCUCUGUCCGCGGGACCCCAACCCCAAUGAUCCUGCAGCAGCCCCUGGAACGGGCCUCCCCAGGUCUCGCCCUGCGGGCCACCUCGGGGGUGACUCGGGGCCUGGACACCAGGGAGGCCUUGCGCAAGCAGUUCCUGACUGAGGAGAACAUGGCCACCCACUUCUCCCGACUCAGCCUACAUAAUGACCACCCCUACUGCAGCCCCCCCAUGCCUUUCCUCCCUGCCCUGCCCCCACUCAGGAGCCCUUGCUCGGAGUUGUUUCUCUGGCGAUACCCUGGAAGCCUGAUCCCAGAGGCCCUCCGGCUGCUGAGGCUAGGGGAUACCCCUACCCCCCAUUUUGCUGCAACCCCAGCUGGGGAUAUAAUGGAGCUCUGAGCAUUGGUGGACAAUGACUCUUCCCACCUUUUUGCCUGCUACACGACUGGCAACUUCUACAAAGGCACAGGGUCCUUAUUUAUCCUCCUCUACAUCAGGCAUCUGGGCACCAGGACCUUUCCCUAACAGAUGACACUGAGCUCAGUGGAAUCUUGGGAUGGGAGGGGCAGCAUGGGAAGGGAGGUAUCCUUAAAAGUGAAUAAAAAUUGCCUAGCAGUCUGGGA